CUUCUCCCACCAGUUCCUGACAGCUUGGUCGAUUCACGAGUUUGCCUGGAUACACCCGCGUUUUCCCGGGCCUUUGCGCCGCGAUUUAUAUACAUAGUCUGGCGUCGUAUAUACUUAUUAUUGAAUUUUAUUUUUAUAUUUAUUUUUUUUAUCAACUGCUUCUUUAAAAAAAGAAAAAAAAUUUCAUAAUCAGAGUCACUUUUACUGGUAUGCGGGAAUCCGGGAUAAAAGUAGUAAUGCAUUUGUUUAUAUUUUUUGUAUUUGCUGUACGUCCCGAUGUUUAUCAACGACGCAAUCAGUUGGAUCACUCAAUCAUCGUAUUGUCACCAUCAGUGUCACAAGGCAUCAACAAGAGGUUCGAAAAGAGGAAGAAAAAAUAGUUAGUUACUCUGCGUAGGAGUGACACUAAUUGCGUCAUAAAAUUUAGAUCAACUUGUUUCUGAAACGUGAUAUUAUUAUUCAACUAUAUUUCAAAAUGAGCGAACAAAAUGACCAACAGAACUUAUCUGGGGAUGAACCUCGUACUAAUCUUAUUAUUAAUUAUCUACCCCAAAGUAUGACGGAAAAGGAAUUAUACAGUAUGUUUGUAACCAUCGGACCAGUUGAAUCUUGUCGAGUUAUGAAAGAUUACAAAACUGGAUACAGUUAUGGUUUUGGUUUUGUCAAUUACGCAAAGGCAGAAGAUGCUGCUACUGCAAUAAAUACGCUCAACGGAUUACAAGUUCAAAAUAAACGAUUAAAAGUAUCGUUUGCAAGACCAUCCGGGGAAGAAAUUAAAGAAACAAAUCUUUAUGUUACGAAUCUUCCUAGAAAUGUUACGGAAAAUCAAAUUGAAGAUCUUUUCAAUAAAUUUGGACAAAUAGUACAGAAGAACAUAUUAAAAGACAAAUUAACCGGCUUACCUAGAGGAGUUGCUUUUGUUAGGUAUGAUAAACGCGAAGAAGCACAAGAAGCAAUUAAUCAUUUAAAUGGUACAAUACCCGAUGGAGGUUCAGAGCCACUGUGUGUUAAAAUCGCAGAAGAACACGGAAAACAAAAAGCAGCUUAUUAUGCUGGGUGGCAGGCUGGAUACAAUCAAAGUCGUGGUGGAAGUAGCCGAGGUCGUGGAGCAGCAACUGGUGGAGCCGUAGCAACCGGAGUAACCGGAGUCGGAAGAGCAACGCCAAUUGGUGCUCGAGGUGGACACCACGGAAGCUUUAUCGGGAAUGGAGGCGGUGGUGGACCCGGUGCAAUGAGAAUGGAAAAAAUUCAUCCUCAUAGAUUCAACCCUAUAGGAAUGGGUGGUGGUUAUGUACAAUCGCACUUCUGGUGACCACAAAUGAAUGUUUUAAAUCUAUUACAAGUCAAUAAGUAACUAUAAAAAAUAUGACAAGCAGAUAAAAAAUUAACGAUGAUACUAAAAAGUGUUUCGGCAACGCUCGGGUAGACGUUACCACACUAGUUGAUCCCAGUCGGAGUUAUUCUUCUUCAAUGGAGUAGCUAAAAUGUCGAUAAUCUUUCAUUUUAAUAGUUUUUAUUUUUUUUUUCUUUUUUUUUUAAGGGUGAAAUUAAUUUGCGAAUGUUUUAUGGUCACAUGUCGCAUCCAAAAUCUCCGUCCGAGAUGAAAGGAAAAUGUGCGUCGUGUGUAUUUUAGACAAUGUAUAAAAGAGAGUGCUCUAUUGUGAAACAAUGGCACCUUAAAUAAUUUUAAUUUUAAAUGACGUAAGAUUUAUUAAAAAGAAGAAAACGACGAGAUAAAUAUUUUAUGGAUUUUUUAAAAAUAUAAUUGUGAAUAACAAGUGCCAUUGUUAUUCAUUGUGAGUGCAGAGAAGAAAAAAAAUUUUUAAAUUAUAUCUCUAAGACUUUAAAUUUAAUAAAAUAACAAAAUGUUCUUUCGAAUAUUAAGAAAAUAGUUAGUUGAAAAUUGACUAUAGUCAUAAUGAUGAAUUUCUUAUAUUAAAUUACUAAUUGAAAAACAAAUUCCAUUGGUUUAAUUUAGUAAUGUAUUUUAAGUAAUGUGAAAAUUCGUUAUUAAUAUUGUAAAGAAGAUUAUGUUAUGAAACCUUAGUUUUAAUGUUAAUAUACCGGUGUAACUUAUGUCUGUAAUACAAUUACUCGAUGAUAUCCAUAUCAUUAUGAGAACAAACUA